AUGAGUGAGGCGGCGACAGCAGUCCAUUCAUAUGCAAAUGGAAUCGACAAGGUAGCAACACCACCAGAUGUCAUUUUUUCUAUUGAAGGAGAGCCACAGAAUCAAAUAUCUCCAAAAAUGGAUCCAUUUGAUAGACCAAAACAUGACAAUGAUCCAAUUGAGGAUGCAGUCAAGAGAUGUCAUAAAGUACUCGAAAGAUUGGAGUGUCCGUUCAUUGCUGGCAAAGAUAAGGACGGAGAUAUUGAUGAGAGUGACGAGUUGACUGAAAGUGAAGAUCAUGAUGAAAUGGCCAAUGAAGAUGAUGGUAUACCAGCCAAUGAGCGAAAAGUGGAGACAAGAAAAAUGGAUUGUACCACUGGCCAACUUGUAGCUCCAAAAUACUUUGAGAAAACUGAAACAGCGUCAUCUGCAUCUGAAUCCUCAGACGAUAAUGAGUACAUGGCUGUCUUCAAGUACACAAUCAGAACUUGCUAUACUAUUUGGAAGAAACGCCAAAAAAACUCGGAAAUUGCAUUGAAGGGUUUGAUGAUUAUUUUGGAAUUGUGUCUCAAUCAGCCAGCGGCUCGUGACGAAAUAUUCUCUGCUCUCGUCGAAACUUUGGGAUUCAACACGGUCACCUUCUGGAAGAACGUGGUUCCAAAAGUCUUCGAUUCGGAUUUAACGUUUGCAACACCGUAUAGAGAGGCUCUAUUGUUUUCUUUGGUUUUGUAUGAUGUCAACUACAGCAAGAAUCGUCUCAGAGAGCUUUAUGCAGCAAUUCCUGGAUUCCGACAGAGCAUGCUGGGAAGCAGAGCCAAGCAGUUUGGAGAGAGAUAUCGUCAUCUGCAAAUGAAGAUUGCCCGUUCUCGUGCAAGCUCCAGAAUGUCCUCUAAAGUUGGAUCUAUGGAGAAUCUUCCAUCAAUGUCGUCCAUUGUCAAUGAAGUUUUUAUUGAUGAGGAGCAAACGCACGUUGGUAACCAACAGCCGCUGGUCGACAUGUCGCACGACAAGCAACGAGUUAUCAACGUUUCAAAUGCACCGCCAGUUUCGAUCAGUCGGAAAACAAGCGGGUCAUGGGAGAUCAAACAAGGUUCGGGUGGACUGGUUGCUUGUGUUGAUCCAGUGAUGUCAGCUGAUAAAAAGAACAUUUGGCUAUCGAAUCUCGGAGUCAACAUGCAAGAAGAACUCAAAGAGCACUCAACAACCACCAAUUCUCUCGGGCUCCCAUUGAUCAAGCAAGCAUGUGCCGGUGAAGUUUUCUGCGUCUUGGAACGCAAUGAAAAGAAGGAGUUAACACCAAAGCAACAAGCUGUUGAAAGUGACAUGUCACUCCUCUCAGUUCUCAACACAUACAAUAAGCACAGUUAUCAACUCAAUCCAGUUGUAGUUAAUCAGGAUGAUUAUGACACUUAUUACGGUGGAAUCAGCAACGGGCUUCUGUGGCCAGCACUUCACAACUUGCCACAAUAUAUUUCAACGUGUUACGAUGAUCCAGAGACGCUUCGCAAUCAAUGGUGCGCUUACGUCAGAGUCAAUUAUCUGUUCUCAAUCAACGCUGCUAGAAACAGUCGUGCUCAGGACUUUAUUUGGAUUCACGACUACCAUUUGAUGCUCUGUGGACAUAUCAUGAGAUCUUUGGAAUCUAGUCUUGAGAUCGGGUUUUUCUUGCACAUUCCAUUUCAACCACCAGCAAACUUCAUGACCAAAUACAAGACUGUGGCUGACCCAAUUAUUCGAGCCCUCUUGAGAUUCACAAAAGUCGGAUUCCAAACCAGCCGUGACAGAGAGACAUUUGUGAAAUUAGUUAGAGAUCAUAUCAAACGAACCAAAGUUGAGUAUGACAGUCGUCUUGAUCGUUAUACUAUUGAACACGAGGGAUGGACCUGCUCUCUUGGAGUCUUCCCAGUCUCCAUUAAGAUUGCUGACUUUGUCAACAUUGCCAAAAACCCGCAAACUAUGAUUGAGGCAGAAGAAAUCAGAAAGCAGAUAUUGGGAAAAUGUGCUGAAGGUGGUCAGUUGUUCUUCUCGGUUGAGAGAUUUGAUUACACAAAAGGAAUCUCUGAAAAACUUCGUGCGUGGCAAAGAUACUUUGAGAAGUACCCCGACCGAAUUGGAAAAGAUGUACUUCUUCAAGUAGCUGUGACUAACAGAAGAUCUGUGGACUCCUACCGUCAGUAUCAAGAUGAUGUGAUGGCACUGGCUGAUUUGAUCAAUGAAAAGUUUAAGAGUGAAAAGUAUCCUGACUGGAAACCAGUCAUUUUUGAAACUGAUGGACUUCCAAGAUCACGUCUCAUCGCGCAUUACCUUGCUAUGGACAUUGGAGUCGUAACUCCAUCAAAAGAUGGUAUGAACUUGGUGGCUAAGGAAAUGCUUGUCUGCAACCCAACUGCUUCACUUGUUCUUUCCACUGGAGCUGGUACUGAAGUUCAGUUGAGCAACGCUCAAUUUUAUUCGGAGCAAGAGGGAAAAUGUUAUCAUCGUGUUGAAAAUAUUGCGGAUACUGAGGCAUUUGCUAACAACUUCUUUGCUGCAGCAACGGAAAGCAAGGAUACCAGAGUGAAACAUGGAGAGAAGAUCAAUCAAUUCUUGUGUGUUCAUGAUAUCGACGAGUGGAGUGAUCAAUUCUUAGACCCCAAAUGGACACAUGAAGUCAUCAGUCAGUGUGAAGUGAAACAGCUUGGUCAGUUCUACGCUCUGAUGAGUCGUACAGCUCAAACCCGUCGUCAAAUUGUUGAAUGUGUUCUCAAAGGGUUGCCAAUCAGACCACAUUUUGCAAUUUCUUUGGAAAAUGCCAAGAACUCCUUGGAAACUUCAUGCGCCGAAGGAACCAAACUGACAUUGGAAGCUGAUGAAGAGUCAGGAGAAGAGAAAGGAUUCAAAAUCACAUAUGAUAUUCGUGAUGAACUCAGUGAGAUGGAGAAAGAUUUGGCAUUCCUAGCUUUCAUUCAAUCUGAUGAGUAUGAGAAUGCAGAGGAAUUCAUCAAGACUAUUGGAUCAUUCUAUGAGGGCGGACCAGUUCUUUUUAAAAACGAAGUAAAACAAGCGGCUGAGAUGUUGCAACAAGGAAUCCAUUACAACACUUUCUUCACUGAUCGUGAUGGAACAUUGAAAAGCUACGCAUGUUCUUACCCAACCAGCGUUCAGCCAGCUUAUUCUGCAGUCAUUCAAGCCCAAUUUGCUCGUCGUUGUGCUACGUUCUGUGCAAUCGUCACAACUGCUCCACUUCUUCACACCGGUAUUCUCGAGGUUGCGACUAUUCCAGAAGGAUAUUACGCAUACGGAGCAUCUGCUGGAAGAGAAUGGUAUUUGAACCCAGCCCAACAGUUCAAGGAUAGAUCGUUCUCUGCAGUGGACUUGACUCUAAUGAACAAAGUUUUUGAAUUGAUUGAAGAGCUUCUUGAAAAACCAGAAUUCAAGACUUUCAAAUGGAUUGGAAGUGGUAUCCAGAAACAUUGUGGACACAUUACCAUUGCAAAACAAGACGUGAAUGGUACAAUUCCAACUCGCAAAGUGACCAGACUUUAUGAGGAGUUGGUGAGAAUUGUUAAUGACUUCGAUCCAAACGGAACCACUUUGACGAUGAGAGAAUCAGAUCUCGACUUCAAGAUUUAUGUGAAGGCAAAACUGAAGGGAAGAAUCUUCAACAAGGGACAUGGUAUCCGUCUUGUGAGAGAGAAACUGAAGCCUAAUAUGUCCAAAGGAAAUUGUCUAGUCUGUGGAGAUAACGAGUCGGACAUUCCAAUGUUGGAAGAGUGUCUGAAGCUCGCCGGAUCAAAAGUUUACACAAUCUGGGUUACAACGGAUAAAAGCCUUCAAGAAAAAGUCACUCAUCUCUGUGAUCGAUACAGUUGCAAGAAUAUUCAUUUCGUGUCCUGUCCUCAGGUCCUGCUUGGUGCUAUGGCAUACGCAACAGCUCAUACUUUGAUUGACGAGAGAAACCGAAAAGCAGAUAACUAUUAUGACUCGGAUACCCCGAUAGAUGCAGAAGAAGCUGGCAGCAAUUAA